CUUGCUGCUGCAGAGAAGCAGUUGUUUUGCUGGAGGAAGGGAGUGUGCAGGCUGCCUGGGCUCCCUUCCUGCAGCCUUCUCUCAGCAGCUGGUCCCGGACUCUGGGUGCAGGGACCAGGCUGCCCCUUCCUCCAGCAGCCCCCUUUUCCCUUGUGCGCCCUUGGCCCUGAAGACUGUCCUGGCUAACUCUGGCCUUUGUUGCUUUCUGGUUCCAUCUUGAGAAACACUCCUUGAUCAAGAAAGAGUAUUUGAAGGAGGGAGGAUGCAGGAGCUGUGUCUGCUGUGCUGGGCGGUCCUCCUGGGCCUGGGGCAGGCCUGUCCUGAGCCCUGUGACUGUGGGGAGAAGUACGGCUUCCAGAUCGCCGACUGUGCCUACCGCGACCUGGAGGCUGUGCCACCUGGCUUCCCAGCCAACGUGACCACAUUGAGCCUGUCAGUCAACCGGCUGCCCAGCUUGCCAGAGGGUGCCUUCAGGGAGGUGCCCCUGCUGCGGUCUCUGUGGCUGGCACACAACGAGAUUCGCACAGUGGCUGCAGGCGCUCUGACCUCACUGGGCCAUCUCAAGAGCCUGGACCUCAGCCACAACCUCAUCUCUGACUUUGCCUGGAGCAACCUGUACAACCUCAGCGCCCUCCAGUUACUCAAGAUGAACAGCAAUGAGCUGACCUUCAUCCCCCGAGAUGCCUUCCGCAGUCUUCAUGCCCUGAGCUCACUGCAGCUCAAUCACAACCGCUUGCACACACUGGCUGAGGGUACCUUUGCACCGCUCACUGUACUGUCCCACCUGCAGAUCAAUAACAACCCUUUCCAGUGUACCUGCGGCAUCAUGUGGUUCAAGACAUGGGCCCUGACCACAGCCGCAUCCAUCCCAGAGCAGGACAACAUCACCUGCACUUCGCCCGAUGUGCUGAAGGGCACACCGCUGACCCGCCUGCUGCCACUGCCUUGUUCGGCACCCUUGGUGCAACUCACCUACCAGCCCAGCCAGGAUGGUGCCGAGCUGCGACCUGGCUUCAUGCUGGCGCUCUAUUGUGCUGUGGAGGGGCAGCCGGCCCCGCAGCUUCACUGGCACAUCCAGACGCCUGGUGGCACGGUGGAGAUCACCAGCCCCAACGUGGGUGCUGAUGGGCAUGCCCCGGCAGCCAGCAGCCAGCCACGCUUCCAGGCCUUUGCCAAUGGCAGCCUGUUCAUCCCUGACUUUGGCAAGCCGGAGGAAGGCACCUACAGCUGCCUGGCCACCAAUGAGCUGGGCAGUGCAGAGAGCUCGGUGAACGUGGCACUAGCUACUCCGGGCGAGGAUGUGUUGCGGCGCAGGUUCCAUGGCAAAGCUGCGGAGGGUAAGGGCUGCUAUACGGUUGACAACGAGGUGCAGCCGUCAGGUCCUGAGGACAACGUGGUCAUCAUUUACCUCAGCCGCACUGGAGGCCAGGAGGCUGCAGAAGCAGGGGGCGGGGUCUUUGGGCAGCAGCCUCCAGGCCUGCUUCUGCUGGGCCAGAGCCUCCUCCUCCUCCUCUUCACUUCCUUCUAGCUCCUCCGCCACCCAGCUGAGCUGCAGCAGCCCCCUUGACUCCUCCCCCUGACUUUGUGGAUGUCCAGGCAGGGGUCUGGGGCUGGCAGCUCCCAAGACCUGCGUGAGGGAUAUCACAUCUUCCUACCUCCCCUUAUAUUCUCUUCCAGGACACUCGCCACAUCCACUUCUAGACUCCCUCAAUGCUAGUGACUAGGUCAGAAUUGGAUCCCAUAACUCGUGGGUCUUCAGUAUUCCUUGCUGCUAACCACAUGGCCCAUGUCCCCCUGUGUAGGCAGCAUGCUAACAGGGUACUACCCUACAACUGGGCAAGGUCUCACGGAUGGAAUCCAGGGACUGGGACUGACCAGCUGGCGAAGGCUGGGGGCUUAGGCCUUGGCAGGGAAAUAGCCUGAAGUAGACAGGGCACAGGAGAAAGAAAUGGGAUAUAGGGGCAGAGGCUGGUGUGGCUUUGAGACUCUCCGUGACCUGCUUGAGCUCCUGCUGCCCUGGGGCGUUCCCUAAUGACUUGGGGGCUCCAAAUUCUCUGUCCCCGUCUCAGACAGGACUGGAGGAUCUGGGGGUCUUCCUCUUUUCACCCUUCCUCCUUUAGCCUCUGCCCUGCCAUCCUGGACAUCUGCUUUGCCUCUCUCUCCAAGUGUGCACCUGUAGCCUAGCCCUCUGAGGCGGCCAGUCAGCCUGGGGACAGCGGAGGAAUAAAUAGCAUUUCUGAUGC